AUGACAGUGCUCAAACGCCACGAGGCGCUGAAAGAGGAGGGUCUCGUGGUCCAAUUCGAUGAGAGCAUGGGCAAGGCUAUUUUCGUGUCCCAUCAGUGGUUGUCGAAGGAACAUCCGGAUCCCAGCAUGACGCAGCUCAAGGUCCUGCAGGACUAUGUUGCUGAUGGUGCUGACCUGAUCUGCAGCCUGUGGCUACCAUAG